AGAGAAGGCACAGGAUGGAAAACUCAUGAUGAAUUGUUAGGGCAUGUUGAGUUGGUUCUGUCAAUGCCUGCAGUCAGAUGAUUUCACUGGCUGUACAAGAUGAAAUCUCAUAUUUCAAUGUAUAAGUAAAAGUGUCAAAGUUCAGCUGAAGCAGGGACGAAUACAGAGCAAAUUUUGUGUGUAUUUGUAACUAGGGCACCAGAGCAAUAGAGGAAGCCAAAAUGAGCCGGAAAAGCAAAAGGAGUUUAAAGGAGAAAUUUGCCUUGAAGAACAGCUUGGUUAAAGAAGCCCUCUCAGAAUUCCUGGGAACUUUUAUAUUGAUACAGCGUGUUUACUGCCUGACAAACAUUGUACAGCCUUGAAUGAAUUGCUUCUAUUUAUGGCACUUGGAUGUGGGUGUGUGGGACAGGCUGUCCUUAGCCGAGGAGCCCAUGGUGGGCCCAUGACAGUAUCGGUUGGAUUUGCAAUGGCAGUCACCAUAGCAGUGUAUGUGUCUGGGGGGGUUUCUGGUGGUCACAUAAACCCAGCUGUUUCAUUAGCCAUGUGCGUGACUGGAAGAUUAAAAUGGACCAAAUUACCAAUUUACAUAUUAGCACAACUCCUGGGAGCGUUUGUUGGAGCAGCGGCUGUCUUUGGGAUUUAUUAUGAUGCCUUUAUGGACUAUAGCAAUGGAACACUUGAAGUCACAGGACCUAACGCAACAGCACAUAUCUUUGCAACAUAUCCAGCUCCGUAUCUGUCCCUCAUAAAUGGAUUUGCAGAUCAGGUGAUGUCAACAGCUGUUCUUCUUCUGGGUAUAUUUGCUAUUUUUGACACCAAAAAUAACAGCGUACCAAAGGGCCUGGAGCCAAUUGCAGUAGGACUUCUUAUAAUUGUUCUUACUUGCUCCUUGGGAAUGAACAGUGGCUGUGCCAUGAACCCGGCCAGGGAUCUAGGCCCAAGGCUCUUCACAGCCAUUGCAGGAUGGGGGAUGGAAGUAUUCACGGCUGGAAAUAAUUGGUGGUGGGUCCCUAUAGUUGCACCUAUGCUGGGAGGUGUACUUGGAGCAAUAAUUUAUAUUAUUUUCAUUGAAAUUCAUCACUCAGAUACUCAGCCAGGAGAAGAAAAUGAUGUGUAUGAUAAAUACGAACUGACCAAUAUGGAGUAAGAAGUGAAGAAUCUUCUCUCUCAUUUUGUUGUGCAGUUUUUAUGCAAAUGAUUUAUAAAAUGGUCCAAACAAACCUGUAUGCCUCAAUUAGAAAUUCACAUUUCAAAGCAGAAAAUCUAUAUAGAAGACAAGUUAAAAACUGAGCUCUUUCCAUGAAACAUCGGGCUGAUCACAUUCAAAACUGGCAACUUGGGGAUGGGAAGGGUAAAUUGUUGUUCUUUUUGUAUGGCUUUCAGAUCAAGUUAUCUCCUAGAUGAAAUUGUAGUGAGAUGAUGCACUGACCUGUUAAUUCAACAUAUAUGAUCUUAAUCAUGCUGCCUAAUUAACUGAAAAUAGAUGAGCUAUUGCUAUGAAACUGCAUGCAUAGGUAGUUAAUUGGUUCAGUGUUGAAUUAACGUCUAAAAGCAUCGCUCAUUUCUUAUAGCCAUUAUUUAAGAAUGGCUUGUCUGAAAAUUAAAAAUAAUACCUGAAUUGGCUAAAUGUCAAUUGAAGUAGU